UAGAAUAUGUAGUUAGUUCCUCAGCAAAAUCCUCAAUCCAUCCGCCAGAAAAAAAUAUCUGCAACUCUACAUAAUAGAGGCUGAGAACCUUGACAGUGAUAGCUCUCAUCUUCACCAUUCCACAAAAUACCUAAUAAACCCUAAAAAAAAUUCUUCCUAAUAUCAAUUCAAUCAUCCCAAUUUCAAAUUUUCCUUUCCUCUAACCUUAAUUCAUAGUUUUUUCUUUCUUUCUACAGAUGGACUUGGCUUAUUCACCAAUGGCCAAAUGCAUUUCGACGCCAUUUCAAUCUUUCACUCAUCGACCACUCGCACUUUUUUCUAGGGUUUCCAUUUCGGUACGCAUUAAGCCCAAAUUUGCAAAUAAUACUCAUAAUCGUUGGUUGAACAUGUGUUCAGCUUCUAGCUCAGAUACACAUACACUUGUUGCUGGGCAUAAAUCUGUUGAAGUUGAAAGUAACAAAGAGGAUGAAUACGGGGACUUAAAAUCAUGGAUGCACGAAAAUGGGCUACCUCCUUGCAAAGUGGUUAUUAAGGAAAGGCCUUCCCAUAAUGCUAAACAUCGGCCCAUUCACUAUGUUGCUGCCAGUGAGGAUCUUCAGGCUGGUGAUAUUGCUUUUUCUGUUCCGGAUUCGUUGGUGGUAACGCUUGAGAGAGUUUUGGGAAAUGAGAGCAUUGCUGAACUCUUGACAACAAACAAAUUGUCUGAACUAGCCUGCCUAGCGCUUUAUCUAAUGUAUGAGAAGAAACAAGGAAAGAAGUCGUUCUGGUACCCUUAUAUAAAAGAACUCGAUCGCCAGCGGGCAAGGGGCCAGCUAGCUGUGGAAUCACCUCUUCUAUGGUCAGACGCUGAACUAGAUUACCUGACAGGGAGUCCUACUAAGGCUGAAGUUUUGGAGAGGGCUGAAGGGAUCAAGAGAGAGUACAAUGAGCUUGAUACAGUCUGGUUCAUGGCUGGAUCUCUGUUUCAGCAAUACCCGUAUGAUAUACCCACUGAAGCAUUUCCUUUUGAGAUCUUCAAGCAAGCUUUUGUUGCAGUGCAAUCUUGUGUUGUGCAUUUGCAGAAAGUUAGUCUUGCCCGGAGGUUUGCACUAGUCCCAUUGGGACCACCAUUAUUAUCCUAUUGUAGCAACUGCAGAGCAAUGUUAGCAGCAGUUGAUGGUGCAGUGCAACUGGUCGUUGACCGCUCUUAUAGGGCAGGAGAUCCAAUUGUUGUGUGGUGUGGACCACAACCUAAUUCAAAAUUACUCAUUAACUAUGGUUUUGUUGAUGAAGAAAAUUCUUACGACCGCCUUAUGGUGGAGGCUGCAUUAAAUACAGAGGAUCCUCAAUAUCAGGACAAGCGUCUAGCUGCUCAAAGGAAUGGUAAACUAUCAGUGCAAGCUUUCCAGGUGUGUGUGGGAAAAGAAAGAGAGGCUGUGUUGGAGAUGCUUCCUUAUUUGAGAUUGGGAUAUGUUUCAGAUCCUUCGGAAAUGCAGACUGUCUUAUCAUCUCAAGGCCCUAUUUGUCCGGUGAGUCCUUGUAUGGAAAAAGCAGUUCUGGGCCAGCUAAGUGAUUAUUUCGAGGCAAGGCUGGCUAGUUAUCCAACCACUCUAAGUGAAGAUGAGGCUUUGUUGGCUGAUGCUGAUCUGGAUCCAAAAAAGCGAGUUGCUACACAGCUUGUCAGGUUGGAAAAGAAAAUUCUAAAUGCAUGCCUGGAAACUACAGUGAACUUCAUUAAUCAAUUACCUGAUCUCUCCGUAUCUCCAUGGUGAACUUAGCGACUGAACCAAUGAAGUAGUCCAAAAGUAUACAUACGUUUGCUCUGUGCAAUAUGCUGGCAGUUCUACAAAAUCCAUUAAAGACCAAUGUUCUUCGUUGUCAUUCUCCUUGAGCCUAACUCUUUUCUUUUUCUCCCUUUUUCACUGUCACAUUGAGUUUAAUGAUGAUGCUUUUAGGUGUAUAAAGAGAAGGUUCUUGCUCGAUGCAGUGCAUCAUUGUGCUGGCCAUCUAUGUGAUGUUAAUCAUUCUUUGUAAAUAUUGAUUUUGAUGUAUCAUGUUCAAUCUGAUUCUCCAGUCAGAGUAUAUGAUGUAAUGCAUUGUGAAAAUGUUUAUGUUGA